AUGUCUGUCGAUCUGGAGAAGAAGCUCGCUUUCCCACCCAUCGUCCAGACCACCUUGAGGCCUGACGUUGUCACCUGGUCAGAGCAAGCUAAGAAAAUCAUCCUGGUGGAACUGACUGUGCCUUGGGAGGAAGGCUGUGAUGAGGCCCAUGAGAGGAAGAACCUAAAAUACCAGGACCUCAUCAUGGACUGCAAAGACAAAGGCUGUUCCACACUGACGAUGGAAGAGUUGGACUACAACUACACAUCAGAAGAAUAUGAUUAUGGAUCUGAUGAGAACAGAACUGGUGAUAAAAAUGACAAUUUUUUGCAUAUACCAAUUGUAAAAUUGGUGGACUUGAUCACUAUUGGAGUUGGACUUCCUUUGACUCUUAUAGUGAUUGUUGCACUUUUUCUCCAGGUGAAAAAGAGUCAGAGUCACCCAGUCUACGUCAUCAACCUUCUCUUUUCUGAUCUCAUUCAGUUCUGCUGCAGAAUUACAUAUUUAGUUAGCCCAGAAAAAGGCUCUGGCAUCUUGUUUUUUGGUUUAAUUGCCAGUGUUGGAUUCAUGGUCUGUAUCUCCUGUGAAAGGUAUUUGGUUGUUGCCAAGCCACUGUGGUACAGAUUCAGGAGAAACAUCAAGACAUAUGUGGUUGUCUGUGUCGUAGUCUGGGUUCUUCCCGUUCCUUUUCUCCUAAUCUUUUUUCUGCAUGUUCCUCAAACUUUUUUUUUCCCCAUCUUGUCAUGUGCUCUCCUCCUGCCAUUUCCCUUCUUCGUCUUCUUCUUGGUUGGGACUAUUAAAGCUCUUUCUGGAGCCCUCAGUGUCCCAGCAGAUGAAAAACGACGAAUUGCAGCCAUUCAGGUUGCAGUGCUGCUAAUUUACACUUUGCUUUUCCUGCCUAUAAUUGUUUAUCUCUUAAUAGACCAUGAAUUAAUUCUUAGUAACAUUUUUGAAGUUUGUGUUUUUCUUAGUCCCCUUGCAGACACAACUUUGUAUUUGUUAUGUCGGAAAAGCAUCCUGGAUAAGUUUCUGGCUUCACUCUGUUCUUGUAAAGCAUCAGAGACUUAG